AUGGGCGGUGAGCACUCAUGCCUGUCCUCCCCCUGCGGAGGUCUGGGCUGUGUGGACUCCGAGGGGCGGCCCCUGUGUGGAGGGGAUGGCUGUGACGGCGUGAAGACGGCGGCCAGCAGCAUCUGGAGGAAGACCCGAGACUCUGAGCAGGAGAUCCUCCGGGCCAUGGAGGAGGUGGAGAAACUCUCCAAGAUGGUGUCGGAGGCCAAGGGCAAAGCGGACAAGGCCCAGCUGAGCGCUCAGGACGUCCUGCUGAAGACCAACCGGACCCGGCAGAGAGUCCAGCAGAGCAACGAGGAGCUGAGAGGCCUCAUCGGGCAGAUCCGGGACUUCCUCACACAGGACGCCGCGGACCUGGAGAGCAUCGAGCUGGUGGCCAACGAGGUUCUGGCCAUGCAGAUGCCGACUACGCCGGCUCAGCUGCAGAACCUGACGGACGACAUCCGUCAGAAGGUGGGAGAGCUGGGCAGCGUGGAGAGCAUCCUGCAGCAGAGCGCCGCCGACAUCCAGAGAGCCCAGAACCUGCUGGACCAGGCCCGCCGAGCCAAUGAGGAGGCAGCAGGUGUGAAGGACUCUGCAGUGAAGGUGAAGCUCGCUCUGGAGGAAGCUGAGCGAGCUCAGAGCGCCGCGAGCAGCGCCAUCCAGCAGGCCGGCGCCGACAUCCAGACCACCAACCAGCUGCUGUCCACGGUGCAGUUGGAGACGGCCCAGGCAGAGUUGAAGCUGACCAACGCCACCCGAAGGCUGCAGAGGCUCGAGCAGGAAGUCACGCUGCUGAAAGACAAAGAUCUGAACGUCACUGUGAGCACUAAACGCACCAAUCAGGACGCAGCGAUCAUCAGAAAGGUGGCAGAGGAAGUGAAGAAGGACCUGGACUCGGAGAUGAAGAAGUAUGCCAAAGUGGAGCAGCUGAUUGCUCAGAAGGUAGGGGGCGUGGCUAAUGCUAAGAAGAGGGCGGAGUCACUACAGCAAGAAGCCAAAGAGCUGCUGCUGAAGGCCAGCGACAAACUGCAGCUGCUCAAAGAUCUGGAGAAGUCCAACGAAGACAACCAGCGGACUCUGGAGGUGAAGGCGGAGCAGCUGGUGGAGCUGGAGGCGGCCGUGAAGGAGCUGCUGCAGGAGAUCAGCCACAAGGUCACCAUCUACUCCACCUGUCUGUUCUAGGGUCAAAGGUCACCUCUACUCCACCUGUCUGUUCUAGGGUCAAAGGUCACCUCUACUCCACCUGUCUGUUCUAGGGUCAAAGGUCACCUCUACUCCACCUGUCUGUUCUAGGGUCAAAGGUCACCUCUACUCCACCUGUCUGUUCUAGGGUCAAAGGUCACCUCUACUCCACCUGUUUGUUCUAGGGUCAAAGGUCACCUCUACUCCACCUGUUUGUUCAAGGGUCAAAGGUCACCUCUACUCCACCUGUCUGUUCUAGGGUCAAAGGUCACCUCUACUCCACCUGUCUGUUCUAGGGUCAAAGGUCACCUCUACUCCACCUGUCUGUUCUAGGGUCAAAGGUCACCUCUACUCCACCUGUCUGUUCUAGGGUCAAAGGUCACCUCUACUCCACCUGUUUGUUGUAGGGUCAAAGGUCACCUCUACUCCACCUGUCUGUUCUAGGGUCAAAGGUCACCUCUACUCCACCUGUCUGUUCUAGGGUCAAAGGUCACCUCUACUCCACCUGUUUGUUGUGUGUGCCUCUUUAAAAGGUGCCAGUAGUCGACCUGUUGACCUUUUGAAUUCAUAAAUCAGUCGUGACCUCUUUUAAUAAUCGAGGAGGAGGAGGAGCUUCCACGGCGUUCCGUCUCUCUGAAGCUGCACCUGGUUUACGUUGUUCUGGAUAUUAAAAGAGAUCCUCUUGAGUUUUAAAUGUGUCCUUUAAUAUCUUUGUACUGUCUUGAAGUUCCUGGUUGUGAACCCAGCUGCUGGGACUCGUGUGUUCCCUGUGUUCUGUUCUCCUCUUGAACCCACAUGAUUUGUAAUAAACGCUCGUCUGUGAA